AUGUAAUAUAGAUCAAGUAAACCUCCUCAAUCGGUGAAGAACAAACCGGGGUCAUUCUUUCCAAAGCAACCUUACUCACCAGCAAAGUCACAUAUAGAGCACUUUGUGUCUGAAAAUCCUACACCCCAUUAUCGAAAAUAAUAAUAAGCUUAUCCUACGAGACAAAAUUCGUUUAAUAUGUCAAGUGGGGAAAGCCUAGAAUAAUUUCAUAGAAAGCGAUAAAAUUCCAAUUUUAGUUAAGAUAAGAAAGCAAAAAAUUAACUGUAUAAUAUUUUAUUCAACAAUACAAAUCGUAAUGGUAGUUUUUGCUAAGACACAAUGAAGAAACAACCUAGACAAGCCUCAUUUAAUAGUUAAGGACAAAAUUGGUACCUUCCAAGUAAAUAGAAGUUAUCUUAAACUAUGUAAAAAAAGCUAUCCAAGAAUAACAACAGCAUGGAUGGAUAGCAGACGUUUGAUAUUAGUUUCGAAAACAAUGUAAUCAAAGGUUAUUAGGACUAUAGUGGUUUUUAGAGUGACACAACCAAACCUUCAGAAGAAUACAAUCCUAGAUCAAUCAAGUUGUUUGAAAAGGGCAAAUAAUUGUUAAGAGAAAAGUAAAUUGAUGAAGCUAUUGACCUAUUAAAAAAAUGCGUAGAGGUGGACACCAGAUUGUUAGAGGGCCAUUAUUUCUUGGGAAUAGGUUAUUUGGGAACUCAAAUGUAUUAAAAGGCUAUUGAAGAAUUCCAACAUGUAAUUUAGUAGGAUGCAGUUCAUCGCAAAAACAUUUAUCUCCUAUUAGCCAUUUCUCAUAAAAAGAUGAACGAAUUGGAUUAAGCAAUUCAAAUACUCAAUAAAGUCAUAGGUAUGUUCCCUCGAUAUUACGACGCUUACAUAUACAGAGGCAAAUUAUUCAUCAAACUCAAUCAAAUUGAUAAGGCUGAAUAAGAUUUCAAUGUCGCCAUUUAAUUAAGUCCAUAAAAGGGUUUAGGUUAUUUAGGUAAAGCAGAUUGCCUUAGAAUGUAAAGCCAAUACAAAGAAGCAAUUAAAUCUUACUAAAAAGCCAUCAAUUGCGAGUAGGCAGUUGGAAAUGCGGCUAUGCUAAAGAAAGCCAUUACUUUAUUUGAAAGCCAAUAAUAUGAAGAAUGUGCAAAAGAUCUAACAAAACUGUUAGAAACUGAUCCAACUAAUUCAGAAGCAUAUUAUUUCAAAGGGUUAAGUAGAUUGAAAAUAAAGAAUGCAACUGAAGCAUUAUUAUGUUUUGAAUAAGCUAUAAAACACAAUAAUUCUAAAAAAGCUGUUACCAAAUCAUUGUACGAAAUAGCUAAGAUGAAAAUUGAAUAAAGAGACUUUUAUGCUGCUUAUCAUACAUUAAAUAGAUCUUCAAUGUUGGACACAGAGAAAAGUUAUUUAGAAAAAUUUCGAUUGUUCACAGAAGCUGUAAUAUUCUUGAUGAAAAGAAAAUUCUAAGAAAGCAUGCUCAAUUUUCAAGAAAUCUAAAAUAACCAUUAAUUAAAUGACUUUUUAAAGCCCUUAUUUUAUGCUUACAGAGCGUAUGGGUACUUUUGUUUGUCUAAACAUUAAAAAGCACUGGAUGAUUAUAAAUAUCUAUUAGAAAUUUAACCAGCUGAGUCAAGUAUUCAUUAUAACAAGUUUUUAUGCGAAGGAAUCUUAAAAGUAUAAUCAGGCUUAUUCACAGCAGGCAUGGAAUUCUUUUAGAGAGCUUAGAAGAUAUUUUAAAAGAAAAUGGAACCUACAUUCUAUUUGGCUGUAACUUAUAUUAAUUAAUCUUUCAAAAAAAAAAGUGAUUAGUAUAAAGAUGUUAUCAAAGGACUAGAACUACUAGACAAAGCUAACAGUAUGAACGAUUAAAAUGCUAAUUUAUAUUAUAUUCGCUCUAUUGUUAAGUGUUUUUUAGGCUAAGUGAACGAAGCUCUGAUGGAUAUAGAAUCUGCAAUUCAAAAGUCAGAAGAUAACAUUGCCAAGUAUUUCUAUUUCAGAGGAAUGGUUUUUGGCUUACUUAAACAAUAUAAACACUCUCUAAAUGAUUUUAGCAUUUGUUUAACACUUGAUGAGACCUUUGCAGAUGCUUAUUUAAAUAGAGCAAAAUGCCAUUUUUUAAGUGGGGAUUCAAAUUCUGCUUUUUAAGAUUUACAAUAAUGUAUUCAGAUUCUAUAAGAUGAUCCAAGAAUGCAUGUAUGGGCUGGUAACUUUUUGUUUGCAAAUGCUGCAAUUGAAGAUGCCAUAAAAGCUUAUUCAAAUAACAAAGACUAUAAAAACAAUCCCAAAUUAUUAGAAUUACGCUCCGAAUGCUAUAUGGUUUUAGGUGAUCUGAAUUAAUGUUAAGAGAAUAUUAAUAGAUUAUAUAAAUUAACUAAAGAGAAAACUGCUGAAUUUGAUAAGGAUAUGCUACAAGCUUUGAGGUUAGUGUUCAAAGAUGACUAAUAAAUAUAUUUUAAUGAGGAGAGUGAAAAUGAGUAAAUUGAGUUCAAAAGUAAUCUUAACAAAGCAAUUAGUGGUUUAAAAUUAUGUAGAGGAAAUGGUAAAUUGUUUCAGCAGUUUCAUGUUUACAUUUUUAGAGGAGUCUUCCUGUUUCAUUUAGAAAAAUAUGAGGAAGCUUUAAGAGACUUUUAAAUGGCAAGUAGUUAAAAAGAACUCUCUAUUACAGAGAAGAGAUUAAAACAAAGGAGAAGUGAAUCUGAUAUAUUUAAUGAAGAAGAAUUUCAUGAGCUAACUGAAGAUGAGGAAGAUGCUGAUUUGUUAGAAAUAUUGGAAAUCCAAUUUAAUGAAUUAAUUUGUUUAGUUAUACUCAAGUAAUUCAAGAAAGCUAAGGAAAAAUGCAAAUAAUUGAUUGAGAAUAUUAAUGAAGCAAAGUAAGAGGGCUUAUAAAUAUUAUUGAUGCAUAUUGAAUAAAUCCUUAUGAAAGAUUAACAAAAUAUUGAUUAUUAAAGAGUAAUUUGUCUUUAUGAUGAACCUAAAGAGAAUAUUAUUUGCUUUUAAGUACCUAUAGUUUUUGUAAAUGGAUUGAAGAUACGUUUAUCAUUUAGUUUACCAAAAUUAUCUCCUCCAUCUUUAUCCAUAACAUUUGAUAGAAAAUUAGUUUCAGACAUUGGACCUUUAUCAGUUGAAAAUAAACCAGAAGCUCCUUGGAUAAGAAGAGAAUAACAAGAUGACAUGAUUAUAUUCACAGAAAAUGUUUAAUUAGUAGAUGAUAUUAGAUUAGAGACUGAAAAAGAUGAUGAGUAGCCUCAGUAACAAUAAUAAAUGUUAGAAAUUACUUAAAUUAAAAAUAAUCUUAUGUUAGAUAAAGAUAUUGAAGAAAAAUUGUAAAGAUUUUUCGAAAAAAAAAAUAAAUAAAAAUGA